AUGUUUAAGGCCGUUUCUCCGUUGUCGACAUUGAGCGCAUUUGUCUUUUCGGCUGUUCGUGAUGGUUAUUACACUGAGCUUCGACGGCAGCGUAAGAACAGUAAUGCGUUCCGGAGUCGACCUUCUGUCGACGUCAGUUCCGAUGGAAGCGUUGUGGAUGGUGGCAGCAGAAAAUCGGCCUCUCCAACUCCGGACGAGAUCUCACAGAGCAGUGGACCGAAAGAGAACACUGCUAACUAUCUGCUGCCACCUCAAGUUUAUUGA